CGUACUUCUCGGUUUCUCCCUGGCUCCCGUCAGACAAACCACCAUUUCCACUUCACAACCAUAAUGCCAGGGCGGCUAUUCCCAUCAUUUCGCCAUGUAUUGCCAGAAGUGCCGGACUCCCUUGAAGUUGGAUGGCUCUCUAGAGUCCCUCAACCCCGCCGCCUUCGACCUGCUGAUCGGCUCAACUGGUAGAUCCCUGCCAGAUCAUGGUACCCAUUCGUCAUCCCGACCUUCCUACCCGCAAGAGCGACGAGAGCUUUACGACCGGGCCUCUAAGCAUGCUACAUCACCGGUGUAUCGAAGAUCGGUACCAGCUCCCCGCCAGGCAGGCAGUAAUCAGACCAACCCUCCCAGGCUAGGCCGAGGUGACAGUGGUAACAUGUCGUUUGUGAUGCUCACGGAGUCUCAAGUUGGGCCGCCACAUGGACUGUCUGGUAUCAGCAGCGAUAGUCCCUCGAACAGUAAGCCGCCGGUCAGCACACAGUCCAAUGAUCGCGGGCCGGACGACGCAUCCUUCGCAGAUCAAGUCGAACGAACAAGCCGGCUGUUUGAUAUAAUCUCCGCGCGAUCCGACAUUGACCAUCCUAUCUGCACGGAAUGCACCGAGAUGCUCGUGGACGGUUUACAGCAACGACUAGUAGAUGCCACAAAGGAGCGGGAUGCAUACAUCUCAUUCUUGCGAAACCUGAAUUCCUCUGUCCCCACAGCUGAAGAGCUCGAGGCGGCCCAGAAGUCGCUACAGGAGACCUUGGACGCGGAAAAGCUCGCCUUUGAAGAACUCCUUGCGUUGGAAAUAGAGAAACAAGCCUUGGAUGAAGAAAUCGCCGGCUUGGAGGAGGAAGCUCGUCAAUUGGAUCUUGAAGAAGAAAAGUUCUGGCGUGAUCGCAAUUCCUUUGCUUUGACUCUCUCCGAUUUCCAGAACGAACGCGAUGCGCUAAACAUGAAAUACGACCAUGACUCUCGCCAGCUUGAAAGACUACAAAGGACCAAUGUGUACAAUGACGCCUUCUGCAUCGGUCACGAUGGCUACUUUGGAACGAUCAAUGGGUUGCGGCUUGGUCGAUUGGCUAACCCAUCGGUAGAUUGGCCCGAGAUCAAUGCUGCUUGGGGCCAGACAGCGCUCCUUCUGGCAACCAUCGCCGACAAGUUAGGUUUCCAGUUUCAAGGGUAUCAAAUCAAGCCAAUGGGAUCUAUGUCCAGAAUAGAGAAGAUCGAACAGUCUCGACCAUCCCCGGCUCAGUCGGCGCUGAGUGGAGCAAAUGCGAUGUCAUCCGCACCGCCCAAGAUCACCGUCCUCGACCUGUUCUCGUCGGGCGAGCUGCCUCUAAAUCUUCCUUGGCUUCACCGCCGGUUUGAUGCAGGCAUGGUGGCGUUUCUGGAAUGUUUACGUCAACUAGGUGAAUUUGUGGAGAAGACGCCGGUGCCUGUGCCCUCAAAUCGCCGGGGUCAGGCCAACACCGCAGUGCCCGGAUUGAAGCUUCCAUACGAAAUUAAGCGCGACAAGAUUGGCGACGCCAGCAUCAAGCUUGGCUUCAACCAGAACGACGAAACCUGGACCCGUGCGUGCAAAUACACCCUGACCUGUUGUAAGUUCCUGCUGGCGCAUGCGAGCAACGUUGCUAGCGCGGGAUCCAGUAAUUCUGCUGCCGUCGCAGCAGCAGCAGUUGCAGCUGGCGAACAAGCUGGGAUGCCUACGACUAACCCUACGACCAAAUGAAGCCGUCAUAUGGUAUAGACCGACAGUGCGGGAUUAAACAAAACUGCAACCCCCUGCCCUGCUUCACUACCUUUGCAAUUAUUAAUGGGACUGAUUCCCAUCGACCCUGCAGCUUACAACCCGAUGUUGGGUAACGUACUUUGCUCAUCAUAGCUCUCACCGGAUGGACCUGAUGAAACUUGGAUGGAUGAAAGCAAAUACCUGGUCAUGAGCAGUGUGAGGUGGCAGCAUGGCACUUCAGCAUGUUUUCAACCCACCAUGCUUUCUCUUCCUUGCAUCACGCGGUUGUAGCAUGACCACCAGCAGCAACCUUUUUCCCAGUGAAACUUAGCAGCAUAUGAUCAACGAUACCGCACAGUAGUUGCUAUUUACGUAUUGCCUCUUUUGUCUUCUCCCGUAG